AUGACCACAACCACAACCACGAGCACCACAACUGAGCCAUCAACCACCACUACCACAGCUACUAGUACAACAACUGAACCAACGACAACCACGACCACAGCUACCAGCAGGACCACUGAGCCAACAACAACCACUACCACUGCAACCAGCACGACCACUAAACCAACGACAACCACAACCACUGCUACUAGUACAUCCACGGAACCGACGACAACCACAACCACAGCUACUAGCACAACCACUGAACCAACGACAACCACUACCACAGCUACCAGCUCGACCACUGAGCCAACAACAACCACUACCACUGCUACCAGCACGACCACUGAACUAACGACAAUCACUACCACAGCUACUAGUACAACCACCGAGCCGACGACAACCACAACCACAACCACGAGCACCACAACUGAGCCAUCAACCACCACUACCACAGCUACUAGUACAACAACUGAACCAACGACAACCACGACCACAGCUACCAGCACGACCACUGAGCCAACAACAACCACUACCACUGCAACCAGCACGACCACUGAACCAACGACAACCACGACCACAGCUACUAGUACAACAACUGAACCAACGACAACCACUACCACAGCUACCAGCACGACCACUGAGCCAACAACAACCACUACCACUGCAACCAGCACGACCACUAAACCAACGACAACCACAACCACUGCUACUAGUACAACAACUGAACCAACGACAACCACUACCACAGCUACCAGCACGACCACUGAACCAACGACAACCACUACUACCGCUACCAGCACGACCACUGAGCCAACAACAACCACUACCACUGCAACCAGCACGACCACUGAACCAACGACAACCACGACCACAGCUACUAGUACAACCACUGAACCAACGACAACCACUACCACAGCUACCAGCUCGACCACUGAGCCAACAACAACCACUACCACUGCAACCAGCACGACCACUAAACCAACGACAACCACAACCACUGCUACUAGUACAACAACUGAACCAACGACAACCACUACCACAGCUACCAGCACGACCACUGAACCAACGACAACCACUACUACCGCUACCAGCACGACCACUGAGCCAACAACAACCACUACCACUGCAACCAGCACGACCACUGAACCAACGACAACCACGACCACAGCUACUAGUACAACCACUGAACCAACGACAACCACUACCACAGCUACCAGCUCGACCACUGAGCCAACAACAACCACUACCACUGCAACCAGCACGACCACUGAACCAACGACAACCACUACCACAACUACCAGCACGACCACUGAACCAACAACAACCACUACCACUGCAACCAGCACGACCACUAAACCAACGACAACCACAACCACUGCUACUAGUACAUCCACGGAACCGACGACAACCACAACCACAGCUACUAGCACAACCACUGAACCAACGACAACCACUACUACCGCUACUAGCACGACCACAGAACUGACAACAACCACUACCACUGCUACCAGCACUACUACUGAGCCAUCAACUACUACUACCACUGCUACCAGCACGACCACUGAACCAACGACAACCACUACCACAGCUACUAGUACAACCACCGAGCCGACGACAACCACUACCACAGCUACCAGCACAACCACUGAACCAACGACAACCACAACCACAGCUACUAGUACAACAACUGAACCAACGACAACCACUACCACAGCUACCAGCACAACCACCGAACCAACGACAACCACUACCACAGCUACCAGCACAACCACCGAACCAACGACAACCACAACCACAGCUACCAGCACGACCACUGAACCAACGACAACCACAACCACUGCUACUAGUACAUCCACUGAACCAACGACAACCACUACCACAGCUACUAGUACAACCACGGAACCAACGACAACCACAACCACAGCUACUAGUACAACCACAGAACUGACAACAACCACUACCACUGCUACCAGCACUACUACUGAGCCAUCAACUACUACUACCACUGCUACCAGCACGACCACAGAACCGACUACAACCACUACCACAGCUACUAGUACAACCACCGAACCAACGACAACCACAACCACAGCUACCAGCACGACCACUAAACCAACGACAACCACAACCACUGCUACUAGUACAUCCACUGAACCAACGACAACCACUACCACAGCUACUAGUACAACCACGGAACCAACGACAACCACAACCACAGCUACUAGUACAACCACAGAACUGACAACAACCACUACCACUGCUACCAGCACUACUACUGAGCCAUCAACUACUACUACCACUGCUACCAGCACGACCACAGAACCGACUACAACCACUACCACAGCUACUAGUACAACCACUGAACCAACGACAACCACUACCACUGCAACAAGCACGAAAUCUGAGCCAUCCACAACUCCAUCUACUGACUGUUGUCCCAAUGGCGGAUUUUGGAGUAAAUGGGAAGCUGAUGGACCAUGUCCGACCUCUUGUGGAUCUUGCUCGCAGCAAGUUCACAGAAGGAAAUGUUUAUCUCUACCAAACUGUCCUUGCAGCGGAGAAGAUAAAGUCAUCAUGAACUGCAACAUCGGAGUAUGCUAUUUCCCAUUAGAUUCCUGCUGUAAACCGUAUAGAGCAACUGUCGCCUUCAAACGUCACGUUUGUGGAAAUCAGCCUAAUGUUAUAUUGGAGGAUAAUAACGACAAAUCUUGUUGCCCUAAAAAUGGUAUCUGGAAUGAAUGGCAAGAAUGGUCGGACUGUACUGGAACAAAUUGUGGAAAGUGUGAUGGCACUCGACGUAGAACUCGAUCGUGUGCUUCUGCAGAUUUUUGCCCCUGUGUUGGAGAUGAUGCUGAAUCUGAACCAUGUCGGACAUUGGGUUCCUGGACAGAGUGGACUACAACUGACACCUGCAACCAAACAUAUUGUGGAGGAUGUAAGGUGUUGAAAUACACUAGAUCCUGCACAAAAACAAACGGAUGUUUCUGCAUCGGAAAAGACACGAAGUACAAAUUUUGCAAUACUAUCCCAUGCACUACUGGUCCCAGAUGCUGCAACAAUUUGACCGAAAUCACUGUUAAUGGUCUUACAUUAUGUGGACCUCUAGAAACUGAAACUGAUAGCGAAGACGUCGACCGUGUACCAUGUGAUACAACAACUCCUGCUUGUUGUGUCCUUGGAGGAGUAUGGUCAGAAUGGUCAUCUGGCGAAUCAUGCAAUGACACUUGCGGAAACUGCGGAAUUUCAAAAGUUUCAAGAAUAUGCUUAUCAGAGGAUUAUGGAUGUCCUUGCCGUGGAAGAGCAACAAAAGAAGCAGAGUGUGCUCCAAAGCUUUGUGUAUUCCCACGAGAUACUUGUUGUGGUGGAAGAACUAAAGUUAUUGGUCCCUACAAAUCAUUUGAAUGUUCAAAAGGAGACGACAGUGACAUUCCCCCAUCGGAUCUUUGUGCGACGGAUUGUUGUCCUUCCAGUGGAGGAUAUUGGUCAGAAUGGAGUUCGGGAAGUGCGUGCCCGACAUCUUGUGGUUCAUGUUCGACUGUCACCCAAAGACGUAUUUGUCUUUCUCCUGAUUCUUGUCCAUGCAGAGGAGAGGAUAAGAGAGAAGUAGAAGUGUAUUGUGGGAUCGGAGUAUGUUAUUUCCCUCAUGAUUCUUGUUGUGCACCAUUUAGAGCAACAGUUAGAGGCAAUAGGCACAUAUGUGGACCACAGCCUAAUUAUAACACGACUUAUAAACCGUACGAUCCAAAUUGCACAAAUGCAUGCUGCCCCGAAACAGGAAUAUGGUCGGAAUGGACGGUUUCACCAGCUCAAUGUCGGGACUAUUGCGGAUCAUGUGGUAACCAGACGAAAACGAGAACGUGCUUGUCAGAAGCAGAUGGAUGUCCUUGCCAGGGUCCCACCACAAUCACCGAGCAAUGCGGAACAGGUGUCUGCUAUUUCCCACGACUCAGUUGCUGCCCUGGAUUUUCGGCAACAGUUGAAGGAAAGCGACACGUUUGCGGGCCAUUGAAAAAACCGGAAGAAGACCCGGACAAAUUGAACACUUGCGGUGUAGAUUGUUGUCCGUCAAAAGGAAUUUGGGGAGAAUGGGUCGCAUAUGUGCGAUGUAAUGAUACCUGCGGAGCAUGCGGAAUUGAAAAACGAAGAAGAAAAUGUUUAUCUUUGCAAUACGGUUGUCCAUGCACGGGAGAAAGCGAAAAUGUCGCAACUUGCGGAUUUAAAUUGUGUACUUUCCCAAGAAAUACAUGUUGCACUGGAUUUAAAAGAAUGAUAAGUUCCACUGAAAAAGAAUUCGUUUGCGGACCAGUACCGACUGAAAUACCAUUCACUCCCGAACAGACCAAUUGCUGCAACCCUGAGGGAUUGUGGAAUGAAUGGAAACGUUGGGAUGAAUGUUCUGCUACUUGUGGAUUAUGUGGUGUUCAGACUAGAAUUAGGACGUGUGCAUCUGUUCCAUAUGGCUGUCCUUGCCAAGGUGACAGCAAGGAAACUAGAAAAUGUGGAGCCCGAGCUUGUCGUACUGGAGAAAAAUGUUGUGAAGGUACUUAUCUGGCAACAGGAUACGAUGGCGAGCAAUAUUGUCAACCAAAUCCAAUUGAAAUAUGUAGAGGAACUUGGACUAAUUGGAUGACCUUGGCUGGUGCGUGGUGCAAUGAUACUUGUGGAAAUUGCGGAAAAAUCGAAAAAAUUCGAUAUUGUUUUCCCUCGGGAUGCAAAUGUGAAGGCAAUUACGUGGAUUACGAAGCAUGUGCGCCUAAUCUUUGCGUUUUCCCAAGAUCCACAUGUUGUGCUCCGUUCACUAGGAAAAUAAUCGGAAAAUCGUUUGCCUGUGCAUGA